CCGGCGUGGACCUGGCUGGCAUGACGGACGACGAGAGCAAGAUGGUCACGUACGUCGUGAUCCUCAGCAUCUCGCUGCUGACGUCCGUGGCGACCAUCUUCGCGGCCUUCGAGGCCCGCUACACGCGCAACUCGGCGGUCCAGUUCGUCACGUACUCGAUCUUCUUUAGCGACAGCUUCUGGAACGGCUUUCGCCUCGUGCUCUAUGCGAUUGGCCUCGGCUAUGGCCGCGUGCCAUCGACGAAUGCCGGUGACCGCACGUACACGGACUCGAACCGCGUGCUGGAAGGCUUUGUCACGAUCGGCGGCGACCUCUUCAUGGUGCUCACGUCUGCGUGGAUGGUGCUCUCGGCGUACGAGAUGCGCCGGCUCGUGACCAAGGCCAUUAGCCGCUCCGAGCUGCGCGAACGCCAGCAAAUCACGUACUACAAGCGAGCGGUCUACGGCCCGUUCUUUGCGUGCAUCACCGUCUACGUUGGCUGCGUCGUGUCGGGCGACGACAGCGCGGUCGAGCGCGCGCUGCGCAUUAGCACAUACCUCAUCACGGCUGGCGCGUCCGUUGCCAUGCUCUACCUCCUCUACACGAUCGUGCAGAUCUACCGGCUCAACCGCAAGCGCCAUGGCUUUAUCGACCCGGCCGCCGACCACAUUGCGUACCGCAUCAAGGUGCUAUUGACGGUCUAUACGCUCACGAUCCUCCCGUCGCUCAUCGUGACGCUCGGCUACGACUUGGCGCUGCAGUGGGACGUGAAGGAGCCGUUUGGCGCAUCCGGCGCCGAGAUCUUUUACGUGACCAACAGCAUUUACUACACGGGCGGCUUCUUCAACGCGUUCAGCAUGGGCGGCAGCGUCCUCUGCUGCAUCCGCAUCUUGCGCCCGGUGCUGCCGCGCGACAUGCACGAGCAGCUUUUGCACUCGGGCAAUCGGCACAGCGACCUCGAGUCGGGCGACGAGCACGACCCGACGCAGCCGCCCGUCUUUGAGCCCGUCUUUGUCAACACGGACAUUGAGAGCUCGACGUAUCUCUGGUCCCGGAACCCGAAUGCGAUGACCGAAGCCCAGUCGCUCCACGAUGAUUGCAUUCGGCAGCACGUGGCAAGCUACAAUGGCUACGAGAUCACGACGGCCGGCGACGCGUUCGAGCUCGCGUUUCACAACGUCUCGGACGCGGUCUCGUGGUGCAUUCGCGUUCAGAGAGCGCUCAUGGCGCUGCCGUGGCCCAAGGAGCUCGAGGAAUACCGCAGUGCGAAGUCGGUCACCGAUAUCUUUGGGCGGCUCAUCUUUCGCGGGCUCCGCGUGCGCAUGGCGGUCCACCUUGGCGACGGCGAGAUGAUCCACAGCAUUCACCCAACGACCGGCAAGAUGACGUACUCGGGCUUGAACGAGCUCGUGGCGCGCGAAGUCGGCGACGCAGGCCUUGGCGGCCAAAUUCUCAUCUCCAACGUGACCAAAGAGCGCUACAUGGUCGAGCACGACGUCCUGCGUGCGAAUGGCAAGAAACCUGCCAAGUCCAAGACACACAUGCAUCUGUUUAAGGAUUUCUUCUUUCGAGACGCGCCGAGCUGUCACAUCGCCGACCUCAACCUCGUCGUGCCCAUGAGCGAGGUCGUCCCGUAUGUACUCAAGACGCGCUUCACGCCCGAUCGGACGAGCAACAUGCACUUCUUCAUGGGCAACGGGCACCACUGACGACGACGUCUUAUCGUAGCGUCCACCGUGUUCUUAUUUAUCUCACACUAUAUCGUUGUGUAAUGCAGUAUUUGAUUCUCCCUGUGCA